AUGGCCGGGCAGGGGGCGGCGGGCACGGUGCGGGGCGGCGGCGGGAACGGCGGGAGCGCCGGGAAAGGCACCGCUGCCAAGGGGAGCGGGAGCGCCCUCCUCGCCCACCCCUACAUCUGCUCCUUCCCCGACUGCGACGCCACCUUCAACAAGGCCUGGCGGCUGUCGGCCCACCUCUGCCGGCACACGGGCGAGAGGCCGUAUGUCUGCGAUUAUGAAGGCUGUGGAAAAGGCUUCACGAGAGACUUCCACCGCGCCCGGCAUCUCCUCACGCACACCGGGGAAAAGCCCUUCGAGUGCACAGCUGAUGGAUGCAAUGCGAAAUUUGGAACAAAAUCAAACUUAAAGAAGCACACUGAGCGCAAGCAUCAAAAUCAGCAAAAGCAGUAUGUGUGCAACUUUGAAGGCUGUAACAAGUCUUUCAGGAAGCAUCAACAACUUAAAGUUCAUCAGUGUCACCACACCAAUGAACCUCCCUUCAAAUGUGAUAAAGAAGGAUGUGGAAAGGGCUUUUCUACUCCAAGUCGACUAAAGCGGCACGAGAAGACACAUGAAGGCUAUGCGUGCAAGAAAGAAAACUGCUCAUAUACUGCAAAAACUUGGACAGAGCUUCUGAAACAUAAUAAAGUCAGUCAUACAGAGCCGAUAGUUUGCAGCGAGUGCCACAAAACUUUCAAACGGAAAGAUUACCUCAAGCAGCAUCAAAAAACACAUGCUGUGGAGAGGGAAGUCUGCCGAUGCCCAAGAGAAGGAUGUGGAAGGACUUACACAACUUUAUUUAACCUUCAAAGCCAUAUCCUCUCUUUUCACGAGGAGAAAAGACCAUUCUCUUGUGAUUACCCAGGCUGUGGUAGGGUGUUUGCAAUGAAACAGAGCCUAGCAAGGCACGCAGUUGUACAUGAUCCUGAAAAGAGAAAGCUGAACUUGAAAGCCAAGCGUUCUCGUCCUAAGAGGAGCUUAGCCUCGCGUCUGAGCGGCUACAUUCCUCCUAAAGCACAGCCAGGAAAGGAUGCAGUUGUGACAGAAAGCGAGGCAAUAAGUAAGCUUGUGGAAAAUGAAAUACCAACUGUUGAAAUUCUGACUCUGCAGUAAAGGUUAACUGAGACAACAUUCUUCAUGGAAUGACCAAUGCAAAGCUUAACAAUAACUUUAUCAAGUUAAUAUUUUUAUUUUAUUUUUUAAUAAAUUAGUAUUGUUUAUACCGCUUCAUAAAGUCACUGAUGCAACUCAUUUGACUUCAGAUCUUCAUUUUCAUCUGUCUUUACUGUACUGUUUUUCUGGUUUUUCAUCUUCUGGUGUGCUUUCAACUCUUUGUCAGACAUGUGUCGCAAAAUACAGGCACUCACUCCUUCUCUAGUAACUUUUGGCUUGGAAAGAUAAGUGGCUUUCUCAGAUACAGUCUCCAAAAUUUGAUCAAAAAGCAUGGACUAAAAGGGAGGAGAAAAAUAGGACUAAAUCAAUGCACAAGUACAGGUAGAAAAAUAUUUCCAGCUGUUCUGUAAUGACGUAUCUCCUGCUUUUGGUUUAGCUGUUAGCUGAAACAACCUAGUUGGGAGUCCUGGUUUGAGCAGUUCAGCUUGUCCUUUCCUAACUGUUCUUUACUCAUAAGCAAGUUUAGGAAAGUCACAAAGGAGGGAUUAAGCCAUUUCCUAGCAUUCCAGCUGAACUCACCUUGUUUUGCUCUUUAUAACCACUCAUGAGAGUGGUCUGCAUCUGACUCCCACCCCCAUCCUCCUAUUCCACUAGAUUCAGACACAUUAUUAUGGGGCUUUCCUCUUGAGGAGCAGUAUUGUACUAAGGUUAGCAGAACCUGGUUGCAUUGAACUGAGGGAUAACGGUGCAUUCAUGUAACAGGGUGAACUCCUAAGCUCAUAAUUAAACUUUUAAAUUUAAGGACAGUGUAAAUCUGGACUGGGUCAUGAAGCGUUCUGCUCCCUCCCAUAAUCAGUUCCUCCUGUUACCCUUUCCCUGUGGAUUUAACUUCUUUAUAAGAAGUUUUAUUCCUUUUGGAUGAAGUGAUAACACAAUUUCCCCCAACUCGGUUGAGACAACCAUCAAGGAAACCUAAUUCACUACAGACAUUAUAAGGGGGAAAAAAAAAAAUCUUACAUGGAAUCUCUAAAAAAGCCAUUUGUGCAAAUGGCAAUGAAGUCUCAGGGCCCUGCAAUUAUACUAGUGAGUUGCCACCAGCUCCCUAACAUCUUUAUAGAUGUUCACUUUGCUAGUCUUGGAACAGCAUUCCAAUAGUUUUUCAUGAUGCAGUGGACAACUAACCUUGGCCACAGCUGCACACUUGCAUCUCUAGAAGAAUAGUUACAUUAUUGAAAUAAUUCAGCUAAAAUUCAGCAGAACUUUUUCAAACCUCACUGUUAAAAGUGAGUGAGCUGGCUUAAGGCAUAGAUAGGAAAAUUUGACCAGCCCAGUUAAUAAGGUGGUGCUGCACAGACUGCUUAGAAUGUGCUGUCAAAGCCAAUAUUGUAACUGCAUUCCUAAUAAAGCAUGGUCUUUGAAGUGGCUCUGUGGGACUACGUUUCUAGAACUGCAGUUUUUGAAUAGAAGCAGCUUAAGGUGGGCAGCCAUUAUUUGCACAGGACCUAGAUCUUUACGUACUUUAGCAGUACAUGAGAUACAAAAAAUUGCAGCAUUACUGAAUAGGGCAGGUUAACACAACUACAGCUAUUUAAUGAAAUUGAUUGGUCCAAGUUUCAGGAGUUCACUUACCAUGUCCGUACUGCUACCUUUUGCUUGCCGGAUGGUAACUUUAACAUGGUAUUUCUUGUCAAUCCACUGUCCUAUCUGUUUCGCCUUGGUCUCUAAGUCGUUUUUGGCAAUAGCUGAAGAAAAGGAUAGCUCCUUCUGAACCACCCCUGUUUAAAACAGAACUGAAACUGUGUUGGCUUAAUAUUUGACAAACCUGUAUUAGUUGCUCUUUUAACAGCUCAUGAUGCUUUGUCUGCUUAAGUCACUCCUCCCAUCCUGCUUUCUCAGCAGCCUGAUCUCACUGUCUCAACAUGCACCACUCUCACCUUAGAAGGUGGCUACUUGAUAUUCUCACACUCGUUGCUUUAACUGUCCAGACUUUGUUUUCCUAGCAGCAAAUGAGGAAGAGAGUGUUUCAUGACUACUGGUGACAAAUUAUAUCAUUAUAUUGGUGUAUCUGGUGCUCAGUUUGUAAAAAGAGCCUGUCACUAUGCCUUAGUAAAAGAACAGAAAUUCAGUGAGAGUUUAGUUAUAUUCACUCAAAUAAAAAUACUUUUCUAAAAAGUCAGCAGAUGCCAAAAUAGUAAAUCCUGAGAAGGCAAUAGAAGGCUUCUUUGUGGAAGACUAAUCCAAAAUUUUAUUUUCACCACUGCAAAUCCUUAAUAGCGUGGACUGCAGUGACAUUUCUUUGGAUUUACACAAAUACAAGUAAGAGGAUUUAAUCUGCUGGAACCACUUUUAAUGCAGCAUUUUUCAAAGUGCUCAGUGUUGUAGUGUCUACAAAGUACAUACCUGGUUUUGGACUUGCUUUUUUCUUCUCUGCACGUCUAAGCUGUUCUUCAUGGAUCUGCUGCCCAGUCAUUAGUCUGUACACUGGAGGUUCUACAUUCUCUUUAAGGAGAACGAGUUUCAGGUUAUGUUGAUCCAUAAGUUUGAGUGCAUCUGCUCGGUGCAUGUUUCCUAAGCUCUCUCCGUCCUGGUUGAUUACGUGCACAAUACGAUAGGGAAUUCUUCUCCCAACACUUCCAAAUGCUGUAUUCCUUUUUGGUUCUGUCUGAGAUUUUUCAUCUGUACAAAACGUCUGAGUAAGUGCAAACACAGUUGACUUUCUAGGGUCAGGUACCACUAUCCAGAAUGGAAAAAAGAACCACUUUUGUGGUGUCUGUGUCAGAAGAGUACCAAAGAACCUUUUUGCGUAUCUGUUCUCACUUCUGGUUGCUUGACAUAAAUGUUUCAUCGCACACAAGGCAGUCAUUCUGAGGAAGAAAUAAAAACAAGUUACCCCUAUCAGUCAGAUUCUUCUAGUUGUAUUAGCAAGACUUAACUCCAGCUCAGUAAACCCUAGUCCUUGAAACUACUCAUUUAAAAACAUGCAUGGUGUUACUAUACAGAGGGAUUUAACCCAGAGAGAAGUCUGACUAAGGAGCAAAAUUUAUGAGGAGUUGAUGUUAUCUUCAAUCUUACAAUCUGAGCCUGAAGUCCUUUAAAAGCAUCCAAUACUUCUAGUUCCUUUCUCCUCACUAGAGUAUCUACUUUAAGCUUGCUUGUGUAUGGAGAGAUUAGCCAAUGGUUAAGAGGGAGAUUUUGCUGUCAAAUAAAAAGGUAUGUCACACUUUUCAUAUUUUCAGUCCACAUUUUUUCAUGAAGUAUCUGAACACCAGAACUUUUUUCCUGGUUGAUACUUUUCUUUGGGAAGUUUUUCAUUUAAGCCACACAGAUUCUGAACCGCCCUAAUCAAACAGUGAAUGAAGUUGCAAUUUGUGCAACGUCCAACAUCUAGUCUGACUCUUCUGCGAUUUGUAAGGUUUUGGAAUUUCAAAGCUUUGAUCAUACAGAUUAAGAUUGUCAUGCAAAACCUUCACCUUGGCAUUGAAACUUUACAAAGUAACCACUACUAUACUUGAAAACAUGGUUUAUGCCUGGGUUAAAAACUCUUCCAUACUCUUCCAUGCACCUUGCUUCUCAUGGCACUGACCCCAAAUUAUGUCUUUUUCCCAAUUUUCCAAGUGUCAUUUUGUGAAAGUAAUCCAGGUAGUUACUUGGUCUUACAUGGAUUAAGGUUACUGAAAUCAUAUUAGUGCUUAAAAAAAAUCAGAAAAAAAGUUUCCUUACCGUCUUUUAAGCUCAAGUUCUACUGAUGCAGUCAUGUUUUAAAAGUGAAAACAGUGCCUGAAUUUCACAGAAUAUGCUGAGUUGGGAGAGACCCACAAGGAUCAUUUCAAACCUGUUUUAUCAGACAUUUAAAGUAUUCAUGACUUUCCCUUUUUUUCAUAAACAUUAAAUUGAGGGUGACACGUUCCCACUGAUAGUGAGAUGACUUUUUCCAGUUAUUUAAAUUAUUUAUGUAUCUUACAAACAAAGAGCAUGUACCUAUUUCACCAGAACUAGCUAAUAAAAACACCAAUAUUUUUCUUCUUCUUGAAUGAUGAAAAAAGCUUGUGGGGGAAAAAAGAGAAAAACAGACCUAUGACUUGCCUGCAAUACAUGGGCUGGCAAAAAAGAACAAGAUUCAUAUGUCCAAGAUCCACAUUUGCAAAUUAAAAUUUAAAUAAAUUGUUACAGGCAUCUAUCCUAGCACAAUAAUCAUGAAGCUAUAAACUUUCAAAACAAGCUUCAAAAUAUACCAGUGCUCGAAGACUAUUGAGACUGAUCUUUGAAACAUUUGUUCCACUGCAAUUUUUUCCCCAGUCUUCCCUGGUUCAUGGAAUACCCCAGGCAAUUGUGGUGCAGCUGACCAUUACUUCCAUUUUGCCCAGAACUGCAGAAAUUGGCCAUUUUCUAACAGCUGCACAGAACAUUACAUAUAAAGAGCAAAUUGCGAGUAUUAUCUGCAGUUUUGGUAUUCGAUGUUUAAAAGGGAGCAAGUACAGGAAAAGCUACAGAUGAUACAGGAAACCAAACACGUCAUACCACAGGAGUUGGCAAGAGCAUGACCUCUUUUGCCCAGGAAGGAAUGUGACUCCACUCUGUAAAUAUAUACAUGCAUACACGUAUAUAUCUCUACAUAUAUGACAUUGUGUAAACAUGUAUCCAUGUGCAUACAUGUAUGUGGAAAAGGUGCAAACCAUCAGCAAGAACAAGGAGCUAUUUAUAAUUCCAAGCAGUAUUAGCAAAGGAACAAGUAAAAUGACCUUCCUGUGAAUAAACUUAGUUUGGAGC